GGGCAAUUUUCUGCAGCGGUGGGUUUGGUUCGGUGAGCUCGAUGCGUCGAACGUGAGCGAGCUGCUAUGCCCGGGCCUCAGGGCAUUUGCUGCGACCGUCUUUGCUGAAGCUCCGAUCGUUCGAGAUCCUGGUCGACGACGACGAUGGGCAGCAACGAACCGUCGUUGAAUGAUCGAUUUUUCCUGUCGUGUGACAUAAACCUGCCGUUGACCGUGCGCAUCGAUGGUUUGGAUGGCGAGUACCCUGCGUCUUCUGCAUCAGAUUUGGAUCGCGAAUUGACUGCUGACUCUGCCAACUCAGUGCUCGAUGACUCUCGCCCGGUACCCGAGCUCUAUGUGGAAUGUGUCCUGUACUUGGAUGGGAUAAAGUUUGGAUUACCCACAAGAACGAGAUUGGCGUCAGUAGAGAACCCAUUCUGCUGGAAUGAGCUGGUUACAGUUAGUGCCAAAAUUAGAGAUCUGACUCAGGAUGCACAACUCGCAUUGACGGUCUGGGAUGUAUCUCAACCACGGAUAGAAAUCGCAGUUGGAGGAUCAACAUUGGUUCUCUUCAACAGGAAAGACCGGUUGAAGACUGGCAAACAGAAACUACGGCUUUGGCGUGGCUGUGAGGCGGAUGGCUCGUCACCUACCAGCACCCCAGGGAAGGUACCCAAGCAUGAACGCGGAGAAGUGGAGAGACUCGAGAAGCUUCUCAACAAGUUCGAGAGAGGUCAGCUACCGCGCAUGGACUGGCUGGAUCGAUUAGCUCUCAGGGAAAUUGAAAAUGUUAAACUGGAAGAAAGCAAAAGAACGGGGAAGACCAACCUACACCUGGUCGUGGAUCUGCGUACUUUUGAGCAUCCUGUGCGCUUUCAGGAGCUCGGGUCCCACAUGUUGACGAACCCCCCAAUCUUUUCUGAAAAUGAGUUGGUAACUGUUGGGGAUCCUGAAGUGGGUCGUGCGAAUCCAUCUGAAAACAAACAGUUGAAACUAGCCCGUGUAGAUCGGGCUGUAUUUGAUCGGGAUCUGAAGCCGAACUCAUCGGAGAAGAAGGCAUUACAAAAAAUCUUGAAACAUCCGCCCACGAGAAUAUUGAGUGGUGACGAGAGGCAACUCUUAUGGAAGUUUCGCUCUUCACUGAAGAUGGACAAACGCGCAUUGACAAAGUUCCUGCGUUGCGUUGACUGGAGUGAUGCUCAGGAAGUUAAGCAAGCUGUCGACUUAAUGAAAAAAUGGGCUCCGAUCGACAUAGCCGAUGCAUUGGAGCUGCUGUCACCUGUGUUCGAGAGCGAAGAGGUCAGAGCUUACGCUGUAACGGUGUUGGGGCGUGCUGAUGAUGACGAGUUUCGUUGUUACCUUUUACAGCUGGUGCAGGCCCUGCGUUAUGAACGAUCUGAUAAGUCACAUUUAACGUUCUUCCUUGUCGACAGAGUCGUUCAAAGCCCCGAGUUAUCCAGCUUUUUCCGAUGGUAUGUUGCGGUGGAGCUUCAAGAUCCAUCUUACGCACGACGCUUCUACUGUGUCUAUGACAUCCUGGAAGAUGCUCUUAAGAAGACACCUGCUGGAGUGGAGCAGUGGGAGAAUAUGAUUCGGCAGACAGAGUUGACAGCCCAGCUAUGUUCUAUAAUGCGUGAUGUUAAAAAUGCCCGCGGUGGAACAAAGAAAAUGAUCGAAAAACUGCGUCAACUGCUCACAGGCCUGCUCAGCGAAUUGACAUAUUUUGACGAGCCGAUAAGCCUGCCAUUGGACCCGACUGUCAUGAUCACAGGAAUCAUCCCAUCUGAGUCGUCCAUAUUCAAGAGUACGCUGCAUCCUCUCCGGUUGACAUUCCGAACAAAAGUGGGUGGAAAAUGCCAGAUAAUUUUUAAGAAAGGCGACGAUAUGCGUCAAGAUCAAUUGGUCAUUCAAAUGGUUUCUUUGAUGGACAGACUGCUGAAGUUGGAAAACCUAGAUCUGCAGCUAACUCCUUAUAAAGUUCUCGCGACAGGCCAGGAUGAGGGGAUGGUUGAGUUCGUCAGUUCAACAUCACUGGCACAGGUUUUGGGUGACUACAAGACCAUUAUCAAUUUUUUCCAACAGUACCAUGCGGAUGAGCAUGGUCCUUUCGGCAUCACUGCAGCCUGUUUGGAGACAUUCAUAAGAAGUUGCGCAGGCUAUUGUGUGAUUAUGUAUAUCCUCGGUGUGGGUGACAGACAUCUUGAUAAUCUUCUACUUACGAAGGAUGGAAGGUUGUUUCACAUCGACUUCGGCUUCAUCUUGGGUCGUGACCCGAAGCCUUUUCCUCCGCCUAUGAAGCUGUGCAAGGAGAUGGUUGAAGCCAUGGGUGGAGCAGAGAGCGAGCACUAUGGCAGGUUCAAAUCCUUCUGCUGUGAAGCUUACAACAUCCUACGCAAGUCAAGCAACCUCAUCUUAAAUCUUUUUCAUCUCAUGGCCGGCGCCAAUAUACCGGACAUAGCAUCAGAUCCCGAGAAAGGAAUAUUGAAGAUUCAAGAAAAGUUUCGCCUGGACCUCGAUGAUGAGGAAGCAGUCCAGUUCUUCCAGUCCCUAAUUAACGACAGCGUCAGCGCGUUAUUCCCACAAAUGGUGGAGACAAUCCACCGAUGGGCUCAGUAUUGGCGAUAAGCAACUUAUUGUACAACACGUUCUCGCCCUUGCUCCAAGUAAAUCUCUUUGAAAGUGGUUCUGGUUCAGUGGCAAAUGCAACUGAAUCAGGACCACCUUCACAAUCCGAUAUGUUACCUCGUACUCUUGGAACAGCACAAGAGCGGCAGUAGAAGCCCUAGAGUCGUCUUUAGUGCAAUUAUGUACAGUCCACCUCACACAGCGGGGACAGAGUGACGUUCCUUUGAAUGUCCACCUGGUUCCGAACAGGCCAUUCUUGUUCCUCUUAGUUGGAGCUGUUUGCAGGAACACCCGAGUACAUGUGUCUAUCUCCUGCAAAAGCUUGAUUAUUGCGUCUUAGAAAGAGAUGUUGGGUAGACGUACAAGCGCCGGGGCCGUCCUGGCUCUGAAUCAUGUGUAGAGUAUACAAGCUUAGAGUUGGGAUACAUGGCCUGAACAACUAAGGGCACUACGUAGGCUUCUCUGCAUGGUAUGCAGUAUCUGAAUUUCAACACAUGUCAAUAGAGGUUCUGGAGAUCAGACAGGCCAGUCCCUUUUCAUCAAAUUGUACAAUAGUAAAAGAGUUUUAAUCAUUUGUUGUGUUUAUAAUUCAGCAUAAGUUGAUCACCGUCGAAGAAAGCAUUGGUCCCAGGGAGGUUUUUAUUUCCUGCGACGCGAAGCCCAUGAGCAAAGCGAAGUGUCACGUGCCUUCUGACUUGUGUUGGAGCUUGAAACGCCCCGUAAUAUCCGGGGCUUUCAGUGAGCAUUUGAAAGACGUUGAGCAAGAGAGUUUUGCACUCACCUGUGAUUGUAACUAGGUUGUAGACUGAAGAGAGCGUUAAUUGGCUC